AGGAGACCUCCCUUAGUGAACACGUCAUUGUUGCGUCAUUGGGUAGAAAUAUGCGAAAAGGAUCAUGAGGGAACCUGUUGCGAUUUCGAACAGUUGUCGACAACAUCUGCUGAUGCCCCUCAAUCUAGGAUUCUUCGACUCAUCAAUGUUGAGCGAGGGUGCCUGACAGUGCUGCGAGGCGAUGAGAUUCCACAAGCUCGAUAUGCAGCGUUGAGCUACGUGUGGGGUGGCGCGCAGCAACUCAAACUUGAGCGGAAGAACGAGCGCGAGUUUCAAGUCCCCGGUGCUCUCUCACGAGCUGUGUUACCACAUACCAUCCGGGACUCAAUUGAUUUAGUGAGAUCCCUAGGCCUCAAAUGGAUCUGGGUUGAUGUGCUUUUUAUCUGCCAAGGGCGUACUCCGGACGACAUCCAGGACCAGCAAAGUCAAGUCAGCAACAUGGGAAAUAUAUACCGAGAAGCAUUUGUCACAAUCAUAGCCGCAUCCGGUGACCACGCGAAUGCCGGCCUUCCCGGAAUCCGGCCCGGGUCUAGGUCUUCAAACCAGCAACUCGUACAGAUCAUCCCCGUAAACGCCACUUCCAAGCAUGCGGGCCUCGCGCUUGCCUCGACAUGCUCUUCCCGUUCCGUAAUUAUCAACGGCUCCUCUCCGUCAGAACAGGAUGUAGACCAGAGCGUCUGGAGUACACGAGCCUGGACGUUCCAAGAACGCUGCAUGUCGCGCCGCUGCCUCGUAUUUACGUCCGAGCAAGUACACUGGGUAUGCGACGGUGCCGUGUUCUGUGAAGAGUCCUCUUUCGAACACCCGAAUCUAUACGAAAAGAGUGAAUUUGAUACGCCCUUGAGAUUAGAACUUUUCGGAGGCAACGCGGUGCCACUCCGCAUGAAGAGCCUCGAUGGCCCGCUGGAUCGGAUGACGAUCACGAGCCGAGGUUUCUGGACUAGAUAUAAACGAUACGUUGGCGUCUACUCGCACCGGCGUAUGUCCUUCCAGGGAGACAUAUAUGACGCCUUCAGCGCAGUUACGGAGGCAUUCGGACGACUCUCUCAGGAGCAAUUUCUUUGGGGCCACCCACGAUCUCGAUUCGGCAUAUCGCUUUCCUGGAGGUCUCCAAGUUCUAAUUACACUCUGUAUCGCCGAACGGAGAAGACCACCCUGCCGAUGACUUCCUUAAACACGCAGGUCUGUCUUCCGAGUUGGUCAUGGAUGGGAUGGGUUGGCGCAGUCGAGUUUCUAGUGGAUGAUGCAAGGCUUGAGAGGUAUGUCGAACGUUCAGUAGUCUCCUGUUUCGAGCACCGUAGCUUCCCGUUACGGUUUGCUCCUAUACAACGCAAUAACCGAUUCGAUCUAUACAGCUCCAGCGAGGAGAAACAAGCGCAAGCGCAGGAACUACCAACGUGGCAUAAAUGCAACGGGGAAGACGUGAUUUGGCGUAAUGUCCAACAUCAUCUACCCGAGCUCACCGAAGCCAGGCUGCAACGCGAGCCAGAAGGCCACAUUCUAUUUUUCUGGGCAUCGUCUGCAAAGUUCAUUGUUGAAAGUCCGUUGGACCUGGAUCAGAAGAGAGGUGGAUGGAGCACAUAUUUCGGCAAGCCCAGUCAGCCUAGUAUCAAAGAUCAUGAAGGGACUUCAAUCGGCAGUCUCGAUCACAUGGGCGAGCGCCACUGGGUCCAAACUCGACAGACAACGGGCUUGCAGGAGUUUGUGGCCGUCGGGAGACGCGCUCUACAAGAAUUGCCGGGGUUCCCGGCCAUCAUUUUAGCGCUACAGGUACGCUGGGAAAAUGGGGUUGCAGAGCGCGUGAAUAUCGGAGAGAUUGAGGAAGCUGCUUGGAUUGCUGCUGAUCCCACUUGGAAGUUGGUUGCGCUAAGGUAG